AAGGUCACCUAGCUGCCGUGACGCCCUCAUGCAUGGGCCAUGCAACCACUCCUUGCUACUACCAUCCUAUCGACCAACGUACCUAUAUUUGCUCGUUCAUUAACUAACCUUCGUGUAUCAUUUUGUAGUAUACAGUCUAUAAUAGAUCAAAUCACAUUCAUUUCAGCAGUCAGAUAACAUGGACUCAAGUCAGGCGCAACUGUAUGAAUCAUUUCAUCCGACAGUAUGUGGCGGAAACUCACAAAACCACAGGAGGCAGCAAAUCCAGGCGCCUACUUUUACCCUUACUUCAAACGACAAGUUCAUCAGAGACGUUCCGCCACCACAUCCGCCUCCGCUGGCCUCGAUGAACAGGAACGAGAUGCCCGUUAAGACGGAGGUUCAAGUGCCACCGACUGGGGUUUGGGCGACGCCGGCACCACAAGAAGCACGACCAAGGCCGGCUACUAUUCAUGAAGGAUUCUCAUUCUGCACCGGUGAUGAGUUUGGAACAAUGCCCUCGUGGGGAACGCCGUCUGGUUUGACGAUUCAUACACCAAGCGACACCAUGUCAUCACGACCCGUUUCGAUGCAUCAGGAUUUUUACCCCGUUACGACCAUGGAUAGUAGCCCAUGGGGACCUAAGCCAUGUGACGAUCACCUUGAGAUUCCUAACCUAGACGUGGAUAUGAGCAUUGGUCAGGCAUAUACAACAGACGAGGCAAUUCCGAUCAUAGACCUGAGGUACUCUGGUCCGCCAAUGGACCAUGAAUCGAUGGGCUUUGAGUCAGGUCUGAACCCUAGGCGCAUGUCGGGCUCGUCUUUCACCGUGUCGACGACAGGCAAUCUAUCCGAAAUGCCGUCAUACGAGGAUUUCUCAGCCGCUCUAUCCGAGGCUCCGUCAUUCACUUCAGACUAUCCGCCACCUUCGAACCGCAACUCGCUUAUGUCUUCAACGCAAUUGUCACCCGUAGCCUCCCCUCGCAUGACUCCGCAAAGCCGUUCUGAUCUUGUCCGGACCGCAAGUCGUGGUCGUGGUGCCUCGCCAUCUCCUCGACCUGGAAUGAGAUCUGCCCCGUACAACGUUGAUAGUAGCGCAAGAAACAAGAGGUGGUCUACUGGAUCUUACGGCACUAAUGCCAACCGUCGACCGUCUCCCUUCGUUUACCAUCACACACACGAUGCUUUUGGUCCUCGAAUGUCAUCAAGACACUCAUCUCCUACCAUGCCAAAUCACCCACUUCCGUUGAACUUCGGGAACCUUCAGGCCGUCCAACAGCACCCAUUCCUUAUGUCGCACCCACCAGCUUUCCGAAACAGCAUGCUUCUUCCAACGCAGUUACCGUCUCAAUUACCAUCGCAGCAUUUUCAUCCCGAGGCUCACCACUUCGAAAAUCCCCCACCUCUGCUGUCUCACGGACUCUUUAGGAUGCUGCAAAGCAACGCUGACCCACAUUCCCUGCAUGGACAUUACACGGACUUAUCUGACCCACCAGAUCUAUAUGCCUCCCUGCAGGAAGAACAGGUUCCGCCACCGCCUGAGGACAUGAAUCCUUCGGAUCCGGAUCUCGUCCCUCACGAGCAAGAAUUACGAUUUGAAGGUGACUUGUACACUCCGAAGUGGGUUCGCGGCCAUGGAAACAAGCGGGAAGGAUGGUGCGGUAUUUGCAAACCCGGUCGAUGGCUGGUAUUGAAGAACUCUGCUUUCUGGUACGACAAGAGUUUCACGCACGGUAUCAGCGCGGCUACCGGUAAUCCCUUCCAAGAACCACAAGAGACCAGACGAAUGGACGGUAACCCAGACGUCUGGGAGGGCCUUUGUGGAAGCUGUAACGAUUGGAUUGCCUUGGUGAGCAGCAAGAAGAAGGGCACAACUUGGUUUAGGCACGCGUACAAGUGCCACACUCACCCUAAGAUCAAGGAUGCGCCUAAAAGGCGACGUGAAAGCGGCAAUACAAGAGCUGUUGCCGCCUCUCAGAUCACGAAGCCUAAGAUCGAGCCUCAGCAACCUACGACACCCCAACCAAAGUCUACGCCUGUGUCCCUGGCUACGACACCAGUCCCUAUUCCUGUUCCUGUCCCUGGUUCUCUACCAUACCAACAACACAUAGUUCAGCCACAGCAACCUACACCAAAAAAGACAUUCCCUCCACUCGAUGGGUUAACUAACAUGAUUUAAAAUCAUUUUAAACUCACUCGAGUCAUAUUUCGUUCCUUAUCAUGUCUAGGUAGAAAUCUUGGACGAGCAAUGAAAUAUUUCCUUGGAUUCCCACCGUCGAUUCGAAGACGGAUUAUAGACGGACAGCCGGCGUACACCUGGCGCCAUUCUUCUCACUUAUCCCCUCUCUAUGGCCAGUCAUUGGUCCAAUUUCAUUAUCAUCUACACUAUACCCCAAUAUGAACAAAUUUUCCUCAGCUAAGAUGCUAUGACGAAUCGAGCACACCUGGUUGAUUUACGACGGAUGGGAUAGACCGGAGGUAUUAUCGCGGCGGUUACGACAAAACAAAAAAGAUUGCUUCACUUCGUUGUGCGCUAUUUUC